AAAAAUCCCAAACACUCUUUCAUCUCUUCCUGCUCACAAAAAAAAAAAAAAACCCAAAAUUUUUAAGUUGACCAUGGUUUUUUCCUCUAGUGAAGAAGCAAGCUUGGUCUAUGACCACAAGCUCUCCUCAGUUGGGCCGGGCUGUGCAAUCGGGUCCAAUGAGGCCCAUGAGCUGAGUGGGCUGGACUUGGCCAUGAAGCUUCAUUAUCUGAAAGGAGUCUACUUUUUUAGUAGCCAUGCAGUUGAAGGGAUAACCAAUAUGAAGAUCAAGGAGACACUGUUCUACUUUCUGAAUGAGUAUUUUCACACGUGUGGCCGGUUCAGGAGAUCGGAGUUGGGCCGGCCGUUUCUCAAGUGCAACGAUUGUGGGGCCCGUUUCAUUGAGGCCCACUGUGAUAAGACCAUUGAUGAGUGGUUUCAGAUGGAGAACUGGGCUGCCAUGCAGAAGCUGCUGGUUUCUCAGCAAGUUAUUGGGCCUGAAAUCUCUUUCUCUCCUCCGGUUCUUUUUCAGGCAACAAAGUUCAGAUGUGGAGGAAUAUCACUGGGCCUUAGCUGGGCCCAUAUCCUGGGCGAUCCAUUUUCAGCUUCCGACUUCAUGAAUAGAUGGGCCCAAGUAGCUGGUGUUGUUCUGUCCACAGGCCCACUGAAAACGACAUCAACAACACGACCACCAAAACCAAAGCACGAAACCUCUCACAACCCGACUCCACUACCCGCCCGAAACUUACCCGAAUCCCUUAAACGGGUCGACCCGGUUGGGGACCAUUGGAUCGCAAAAAACGACACCAAAAUGGAAAUGUUUUCCUUCCACAUUUCUCCUUCCCUCACUGCUCAUUUGAAGUCGCAGAUUUCGAGCCCAAUUUUCGAGUCAGUCUCUGCCAUAGUAUGGAAAUCCAUAGCCAAAGUUAGAGAAGAAUUAGAGCCCAAAAUAGUCACAGUUUUCAAAAACAAUCCCAAGAGAACCAAAGGGGUUCUGGCCAAUAGCCAAAUCAUAAGCUCAGUUCAAGUGGAUUUUUCAGUAAUGGAGGCAGAUGCAGAGAGUUUGGCCUCAUUACUCGGUGAAAAAGCUAUCGACGAAACUACCCAGAUCGAGGAAACUGUGGAGAAAGAUCAGGGGACAUCUGAUUUUGUCGUUUACGGAGCAAAUUUAUCGUUUGUGGAUUGGCAAGAGAUGGAUUUGUAUAGCUUGGAAUUGCAAGGACAUAAGCCAGAAUUUGUGUCGUAUGAUGUUCAAGGAGUUGGGGAAAACGGUGUCGUUUUCGUGUUCCCGGGACCCAAAUGUUAUGGCGAGUCUGGAGAAGGAAGGGUGGUGAGUUUGAUUUUGCCGGAAAAAGAAGUUUGUGAGGUGAAAUUUGAGUUGAAGAAGAACGGUUUAUUGCUUGAAGAGAAUAUUGAGUGAGUAGAAGAGAAGAGUGUGUGUGAUGAAGGUGAUUAUUUACAUAAGCUAUAGCAUUAAAUAUUUAUUUAGUGCUAUGAAUGGUGUGUGUUAGUAUUGCCAAUUUGUUUUCUUUUUUCAAAUGUUUGUAAUUACAUGAAGAAUAUUAAGUGUUAUUUUUUAAUAUAUAUAUAUAUAUAUAAGUGUGUA